UCAUCCACUCAGGGAGUUAGUCUGGGAGAUGUCUGCACUCCUCCCUUUGAGAUGAAAGAGAUGGGCACAGAUGUGAAGGCAGGGAUGUCUCCAGUCCUCCCUUGGCUGCUGGUUUUGCUGGUGGGCUGCUCAGGAUCCCAGCGCCACACCUGCCGCUGCACAGGCAGGGUCUUCAUUUGCCAGGAGAGCAAAGUCGUCCAGGUUCCCCGGGAAAUCCCCAGCAACACCACCGAACUGAGAUUUGUCCUCACCAAGAUGAGAGUCAUACCAAAAGGAGCUUUUGCAGGACUUGGUGACCUGGAGAAAAUAGAGAUCUCACAGAACGAUGCCUUGGAGGUCAUAGAAGCAAAUGUGUUUUCCAGCCUUCCCAAACUGCAUGAAAUAAGAAUUGAGAAGGCCAACAACCUCGUGUACAUUGAUCAAGAUGCCUUCCAACACCUUCCAAGCCUCAGAUAUUUGCUAAUAUCAAACACUGGCCUUCGUUUUUUACCUGUCCUCCAUAAGGUGCACUCUUUCCAGAAGGUUUUACUAGAUAUUCAAGACAAUAUCAACAUAUGUACCAUUGAAAGAAAUUCCUUCGUGGGCCUGAGUUCUGAAAGUGUGAUUCUGUGGCUGAAUAAAAAUGGGAUUCGGGAAAUUGAGAACCAUGCCUUCAAUGGAACCUACCUGGAUGAGCUAAACUUAAGCGAUAAUCAUAACCUAGAAAAAUUACCAAAUGAGGUCUUCCAUGGAGCCAACGGGCCUGUUGUUUUGGAUAUUUCAAGGACAAGAAUCAGUUUCCUGCCAAGUCAUGGAUUAGAACUCAUCAAGAAGCUAAGAGCAAGGUCUACAUCCAAUUUAAAAAAGCUUCCUGAUUUAAGCAAAUUUAGAUCUUUGAUUGAGGCCAACCUCACCUAUCCCAGCCACUGCUGUGCGUUUGCAAACUGGAAAAGACAAAACACCGAGUUGCAUCCGAUAUGUAGCAUAUCUCAGGCCAAGCGAGACCUCAGGGAGCAAGCUGGGAAUAGGCCACACAGGCAGUUUGCAGCUGAAGAUGACAUUUCCAGCUACGGCCUAGGAUCUGACCCAGCAGAGAACGAAUUUGACUACGGUCUAUGCAACGAGGUAGUCAAUGUAGCUUGCUCGCCUAAGCCCGACGCUUUCAAUCCGUGUGAAGACAUCAUGGGGUACAACAUCCUGAGAGUCCUGAUAUGGUUUAUCAGCAUUUUAGCCAUCACCGGGAACAUCGUUGUCCUCAUUAUUUUAAUCAGCAGCCAGUACAAGCUCACCGUGCCUCGCUUUCUGAUGUGCAACCUCGCUCUUGCCGACCUCUGCAUAGGGAUCUACCUCUUGUUCAUCGCCUCCGUCGAUAUCCAGACCAAAAGUCAGUAUUACAACUACGCCAUUGACUGGCAAACCGGGGCGGGAUGCAACGCUGCAGGGUUUUUUACGGUGUUUGCGAGCGAGCUCUCGGUCUACACCCUGACUGUGAUCACCCUGGAGAGGUGGCACACCAUCACCUACGCCAUGCAGCUGGACCGCAAGGUCCGCUUCCGCCACGCCGUCCUCAUCAUGGGUGUCGGCUGGGCGUUUGCUUUCACCGUGGCACUGCUGCCCAUCUUUGGAGUCAGCAGCUACAUGAAGGUCAGCAUUUGUUUGCCCAUGGAUAUAGAGACGCCGUUUUCUCAGGCUUACGUUAUCUUUCUGCUGGUGCUGAACGUGCUUGCCUUUGUGACUAUCUGUGCCUGCUACAUCUGCAUCUACUUCACCGUCAGAAACCCCAACGUCAUCGCUUCCAACAGCGACACCAAGAUCGCCAAGCGCAUGGCCGUACUCAUCUUCACGGAUUUCCUCUGCAUGGCACCGAUUUCUUUCUUUGCAAUAUCAGCCUCGCUGAAGGUGCCUCUCAUCACAGUGUCCAAAUCCAAGAUCCUUCUGGUUCUCUUCUACCCCAUUAAUUCCUGCGCUAACCCUUUCCUCUACGCCAUCUUCACCAAGACUUUCCGCAGGGAUUUCUUCAUCCUGCUGAGCAAGUUCGGUUGCUGUGAAAUGCAGGCCCAGAUGUACAGAACAGAGACCUCCUCGUCUGCUCAUAAUUUCCACACAAGAAAUGGCCAUUGCCCUCCUGCAUCAAAAAACAGCGAGGGCACUACGUAUACCUUGGUUCCUUUGAAUCAUUUGAACUGA